UUUUCCUCCCUCUGCCUGGACUGUUUGCUUCCUGCAGACCUCAGCUGCAGCCUCACCCUCGCCCCAUAUUGACGCAAGGAGAGACUUCUUUAAUACAACACUGCUUUUUCCUCAUAUUCCUUAAUCUUCUUUACUAUUCAAUUUUACUCCUCUUGCUCUUUUUGACCUUCAGUUUGGAAAACCAAACAACAAUGUCCAUCAGCGAGCGAUUCGACUGUCAUUACUGCAAAGACUCCCUGCUGGGGAAGAAGUACAUAAUGAAAGAGGACAAACAGUACUGCACCAAGUGCUAUGAGAACCUGUUUGCUAAUAACUGCGAGGGCUGCUCUUUAGCAAUUGGCUGCAACUGCAAGGACUUGUCUCAUAAGGAUCGCCACUGGCACGAGGAGUGUUUCAAGUGUGCAAAGUGCAGCCGCUCUUUGGUGGAAAAGGCCUUUGCCGCCAAGGAUGAUCUGUUACUUUGCACCGAAUGCCACGCCCACGAUUAUUCCUCCAAGUGCACCACUUGCAAGAAAACCGUCAUGCCAGGAUCCCGCAAAAUGGAAUACAAGGGGAACAGCUGGCAUGAGACCUGCUUCCUGUGCCACCGCUGCCAGCAGCCAAUAGGAACCAAGUCCUUCAUCCCAAAAGACACCGGCUACUUCUGUGUGCCCUGCUUCGAGAAGCAGUUUGCCUACCAGUGCUGUACUUGUAAGAAGGCCAUCACAACGGGUGGAGUUACCUACCAAGACAAGCCUUGGCACCGCGAGUGCUUUCUAUGCAUCAGCUGCAGGAAGCAGCUUUCGGGUCAGCGCUUCACCUCCAAGGAAAACUACCCGUACUGCCUCGAAUGCUUCAGCAACCUGUAUGCAAAGAAGUGUGUGGGCUGCACCAAGCCCAUCACCAGUCUGGCAGGGGCCAAGUACAUCUCCUUUGAGGAACGCCAGUGGCACAGCGAGUGUUUCACGUGCAUUCAGUGCUCCGUGUCGCUGGUUGGACGCGGCUUCCUCACCGAGCGCGACAACAUCUUGUGCACCGACUGCGGCAGAGAGAAGUGAUGUUCCCAUGAAGGGGUCACAUGUUUAAUCCCAAUGACAAAGAGGGCUUCUGUCCUGGUUUAUGCAUGGCAAUAUAUAAUUUGCAAACCUGUUAUAUAAAAAAAACACUGAAUAUCAUAGUGCUUAUUUUGUUGUUGUAAAUAACCAAUAGAUUCCUCACAAUGGCCACACACUAUAAACUGUCAAGUUGCCAUUCUUAUGUUGUUAAAAUUUAAAAUAAGAAACUUCUCACAAACCUUUUUUUACAUAGAAUUGUCACGGUUUGGGUUUAUUUCCUGCUUUACUUUGUAGUUUCCUGCCUCUUGUGUCCCUGGGUUGACUUCACUUCCUGCCUGUCUUCCCCUGUGAUCGUCUGCCGUGUCCCUGAUUGUUUCCUCCUGUGUCCAAUCACCUGCACCUUCCCAGUGUAUUUAUGCCCUGUGUGUCUUUUGUCCCUCGUGGCGUCAUUGUAUGUUCUGCUUGAAUGUUGUUUGUGAGUUACAGAUCCCUGGAGCAGUUAUUAAAGUACUUUUUGUUUUGCAUCUCUGCGUUUGGGUC